CUGGUAUUAAAACACCCCACUUGGCAUCCAUCUCCUUUUCUCUGUUCCAAAACCAGAAAACCUCACUCACUCCAUCCAGACUCAGAUUCAUUCAUUCACCAAAUCUUACUUCGAUUACAUCAUCACUCUCUCUCUCUCUCUCUCUCCCAUUCUCAACAAGAAAAAACCAGAAGAAAGAAUUUCCCACUUCUCCAUUUUCUUGAAUCCACACAUUCAAAACCUAAUAAAAAUCAAAACCCCCAUUGUUUCAAUUCUCCAAAAAUUUCUUAUCAAGAUUGAUUUCUGUCUAAUCUGGGUCUCAUUAAUUCAUAUGGGUCUGAUUAAUUUCUGAUUUUAGAAUCUGGGUUUUGGUUUAUAAUGGCGACGGCGUCUGUUACUUCUCCAUUAUGUACAUGGCUUGUCGCUGCUUGCAUGUCUGUAGACUUUGAUAAUAAAGAUUAUUGUAAGAAACGGCCAUCAUCUUCUUCUUUGUUUCAAUCUUCAAAGAGAUGGGCAGCAUCUAAAAGGAGGAAUCUAUUAGUAUCUAGAUGUAGUAGUUCUUCACAUUUUUCGAUUUCAUCAAAAGGGGGUUUCAUUUCAUCGUUUUGUGGAUCUUUAAUGAAUUCUUGUUUAGCUUUUGAACCUUGUCAAGAGUAUUACACUUCUAAAGGAUUGACUACAUUCUUUGGCGAAUCGUUGCUUGGUUCUUCUUCGAAUACUAAUCGGAUUUCGAGAAAGCAAAGACGGAUUGCUGCCCAUUCAGGGAAAACUAUGGCUGUAGCUGUGCAACCAUCUAAAGAAGUGUCAACAGAAAGCAAACCUCAUACGAAGCAAAGGCGGGUUGUUGUGACAGGAAUGAGUGUGGUGACACCAUUAGGUCAUGAACCGGAUGAGUUUUACAAUAACCUACUUGAAGGUGUUAGUGGUAUAAGUGAUAUCGAAGGUUUUGACUGUUCCAGUUUUCCAACUAGAAUUGCAGGAGAAAUCAAGUCUUUCUCGACGGAAGGAUGGGUUGCACCAAAACUCUCUAAAAGGGCUGACAAGUUCAUGCUCUACAUGCUUACUGCUGGGAAGAAAGCUCUGGCUGAUGGUGGGAUCUCGGAAGAGGUCAUGAAUGAACUGGAUAAAACUAGGUGUGGUGUAGUGAUUGGCUCUGGGAUGGGUGGUAUGAAGGUUUUUAAUGAUGCAAUUGAAGCCUUAAAUAUAUCUUACAAAAAGAUGAAUCCAUUCUGUGUUCCAUUUGCUACUACAAAUAUGGGUUCUGCCAUGCUCGCAAUAGAUCUGGGAUGGAUGGGCCCCAACUAUUCAAUCUCUACGGCCUGUGCCACCAGCAACUUCUGUAUUCUGAAUGCAGCAAACCACAUUAUUAGAGGAGAAGCUGAUGUGAUGCUCUGUGGUGGCUCUGACUCCGUAAUCAUACCUUUAGGCCUAGGAGGUUUUGUCGCAUGUAGAGCACUUUCCAAAAGGAACGAGGAUCCAACCAAAGCUUCACGCCCUUGGGAUAUUAAUCGUGAUGGAUUUGUUAUGGGAGAAGGAGCUGGAGUUCUACUUCUUGAAGAACUAGACCAUGCGAAGAAAAGAGGAGCAACUAUCUAUGCUGAGUUUCUUGGCGGAAGCUUCACUUCUGAUGCUUAUCAUAUGACCGAGCCUCAUCCAGAAGGAAAAGGUACUGUUCUUUGUAUAGAGAAGGCCUUAGCUCAAUCUGGGGUUUCCCGUGAAGAUGUCAACUACGUGAACGCUCAUGCAACAUCAACACAAGCUGGUGACUUGAAGGAGUACCAAUCUAUCAUCCGUUGUUUUGGCCAAAAUCCUGAUUUAAGAGUGAAUUCCACCAAGUCCAUGAUCGGUCACCUAUUAGGAGCAGCUGGUGCUGUGGAAGCUGUUGCACUGGUGCAGGCAAUACGGACGGGUUGGGUCCAUCCAAAUGUCAAUCUUGAAAACCCUGAGGCAGGCGUGGAUACAAAGGUGCUGGUUGGCCCGAAGAAAGAGAGACUUGACAUUAAGGUGGCGUUAUCAAAUUCGUUUGGCUUUGGAGGCCACAAUUCAUCCAUUUUAUUUUCCCCUUACAAGCCGUAACUGGAGGUAGAAACUUUAACCAUGGAUUUAAAAGAGGAGGGAGGAAUUAACAUUCAGUUUUCUUGUCUUAGUUUCGGAUAUUGAGAUUUGAGGAAAAAGGGAACAAAUGAAGGUACGGGGUGUUGCUGAAGUUGAAGUUGAAAACUCUCAUUAGUUGUUUUCCAAAAUCCUCAGUUCAUUCCUUUCCCUGGUUUGAUAGAAAAGAUAUGUGAUGUACCAACUGAUUAGGUUCAAUUUUUCUGUAGCGCGAAAUUUGUGUAAAACAUUCUCUGAAAAAUUGUAUGAGAAAUUAUCCCAUACAUAAAAUCUUGUUUUUGUAGCGUCA